AUGGAGGAGCUCAAGAAGAAAACAGAGGCAAUGUUGAGGGCAGUUCUAAUCAGCAGCCCUCGUGGAGUGCCUCUACGUCGCUUGAACAAGGAGUACAGUACCAUAACUUACUCGUCAAUUCCUCACCCGGAGCUGGGCUUUCCUACGCUGGACUCUUACAUUAAAAGCAUUCCUCAUGUAGCUGCACUAACAAGGGACGUGGAUGGAGAAUUUAUUGUUAAGGGAGUCGCUAGUGAAUCUGACCAACACGUUGCAAAAUUGAUCGCAAAACAGAGGAAACCGAAAAAGCGUUCAAAGGGUGCAGCUAACCCGUCUAGAAGGCCCCAGUCAAGAAGGCCUACUAUUAAUAGACCGUUAGCUUUAAAUAGACCCAUAGGUGCUGCAAACUACAGACCAGUCGCUGUUUCCAGUUUGACUUAUCGUGCAGCUGCAAGACAUGUGGCACGAGCUGUUGCUAAAUCAGUGACACCGGUGCCUGCAAAUACAAAUACUUUGAUUCAGAGGCCUACGGCAUCUGCUGCAGCACCUCGGAGUGGUGUUACAAAUCGGUUUGUUCCCCCAAGGAUGAUGAAGCAGGCUGUAAAUAAGGCUGUCUCUCAUCCCGUCAAUAAAACUUCACCUCCGCGCGGAUUCCCUGGAAAGGGACAAGAGAAUCUCCAAGGUAUGAAAUACUUGGAUCUAGAUCUGUGUGCACAUCAUCCAGGGUAAUUUUACAAAUGGGUCAAUCCAAACAUAAGCACAAUGCAACCCGGGGGAGUUAUUUGGGUUAAUUUUUGCUGGGUAUGUGCUGCUGGCCUCUCAGUGCCCCUUGCCCAUUAUAGUCUAUGUUGUGGCCAAUUGAAGACCCCAUCUUAGUCACUUUUGGGCAAAUAUGUAAUUUUCGCUAUCUGAACGUAGUCACUUGCUAUUUAUGUAUCUACCUUAUCAAUCCUUUAAAUAGGUCAUCUUAAAAUGAAUUGACCUAUUUUUUAAUAAAUUGAAUGAAGAACACUUUACUUGUCACCUUCAGUACAAAAUUAAUAUUCUAGUAUGUUUGCUGACUGUAAUGAAUGAACAACUUUCUUACCCCAAAAAUCCAAAAAUGUGCGACCCUACUCUAGUAACUCUAUUGAAAAUGCAACCCAAUUAUAGUCAAUCCAGUUGUGAAAAUGCGACCCCAUCCAGCGGCACAUCCCCAUUAGCCUCUUAUAAGGAAGUGUCCCCCCCUGGGCAACGCAACCAUAGGGCCUGGAGUAAAUUUAAAGUAGAGGGAAAAAAUUAUUUAAGGAGGCGACAUUAGAUUAGAUUAUAGGGUGCUCAUCUGUAGGGUUAGGUGUACAAGGGGGAUAUCAUCCCCCUUCUACUGGAGUACUGGAGAAGCCUGGGAGACUUCUUUAGCCUAGUUCAAAGGUUGCACUUUUCAUGUACUUAACUUACUUGUAAUUCCUAUUUAGGUCGACCAGAUUCAGACACCGAACUUAAUCAGUCGGACUCAAUUUUCAUGACAUACAAUAGUCUAUAAUGCUUACCACUGAAAAUAAAUUAUAGUAAUUUGUGGAUUAGGUUUGGCACUUGAGAAGUUCGAUGUUUGAAACAAAGUUGCUCCACAGACAAAAUUUCCGUGUAGGCCACCCGAUGUUAAUUCAUGGGUUGACCCAAAUUAGAUAUAGAGGAAUUGAAUGAUUUAAAUGUUCCUCUCUUCAUGUACUUAAUUGAAGGGAUGGGGUUCGACAUUUGAACUGCACCUUUGGGAAAAUUGAAUUUUGGGGGCCCUAAAAAGUGCAAAUGGGUUUCAUUUUAUUAACCCUUUAAGUCAUAAGAACACUAACAAUAUCAGCGUAUAAUCAAUUUGAAAGGCUACAGGAAUUAUUAAAAUGAUCAGUGAAGGAUUCUCUCAACCAAUUUUUCAAGGGAAUGUAUGGGAGUCACUGUGGAGAAUUUGAUCAAUAGACGAAUUUUAGCUCUGAGGAUGGCCCCUUUAUUUACCCAAUGAGUUUAUAGGAGGAGUUUAAAAUAAUCACAUGCAAUUAACGCGUUAGGUUUAAAUCAUGUGAAGAUCACUGUACGUAAAGGAAUCAAAGCUGCAGUGUAAGAUGACAAAAUGGCCCCUACUAAAUGCCUCGUACUCCUUGAAGAAUUUAUUAAUAAUUAUUAUUAAACCAUCGACAAUAGAUGGGAGUGGGGAAGGUGCCUGGUGAAACUGAAGGGAGCCGCAAGCAAGCUUAGAAGGUAACCAUGACAACCCUAUGAGUGGCACACACUAGGCACUGUCACACUGACAACGUCAGUGGAGAAAUGCGCAGAUACUCGCCAAGAAAAACAUCAAAAGGGGAGGGGGCUGGAGGCAAAUCAGCUAAAGCUACUGCAUGUGAAGGCAACAUGAGCAAAAUGAUUGACUUGUGCAAAAGCGCUCUAAAAUUGCUAAAGCCCUGCCAAAGCCCAAGACCACCUUACAGAUGUUUAGCCACAUUUAGUACCUACGUUUAGCCACAUUUUAAUAAUAAAUAAUAAAGUUAUUUUAUUGAUCAUCAGAGAUAUGUCUAAUCAGUAGGUAGCAUUGAGUCGCAUGCACAUCUCUGAAGACUCAAUACAGGGUAAUUAUCUGGGUCUAUAAGUGAUUAAACAGUAGAAUUAACGCACCUAGCACAUAAAAAUUUGAUGACAGUGGAAAUCCACUAGCUGUACAGCUGUACCUACAUGUAACUGUAAACUGCCGGUUAUAACCAAACUGAUUUUACUGUUGUUCCUCUGAUGUUAGUUAGGUCAUCAUGUGGUGCGGUGUUUGAAUCAGAUAUAAAUAGACAAAAAUAGUGUGUGAUGCACAAGAAGAUUAAUUUGAAGCUGUUCUAGAGCCAGAAGAGAUGAGUGGGUAGCACUAAAUGUUGGUGACACUGCAAACAUCUUGGCUUUACACUCUGCUUCUUGUAUUUUAGAAGAACUGUCUUCAAAGAAAUUUAAGAAAAAGAAGCCCAAGAGCUCAGGUACAUUUAGCUUGUUCUAGGCAUUUAUAAAGUGGGGCAAACAGAGUUGCACAGAAAGUAAAAUUUAUGAGUGUUGAUGUGAAAGGAGGUGCAAAAUUGAUUGCUUCCUUUUUUCCACUCACAAUGCUUUCUCUGUGUAACUCCCUGCUAUUAUAAAUGCCUGUAGUGGGCUAAAGUACUUAUUAUAAUAAUUAUUGUUACUUUAGAAUGAGCAGAUUACAAGAGUGGAAAGUUUUUACAAACAGUGUAGACCCAAAGGCUCUAAAGGCAGGCUCUAAUACUAUCUAGGGGUGUCAGGCUACUAAUGAUUGAUUUAGGCAGGUGGGAAAACUUAAGGCUGGUAUGCAUAGUAUCACUAUUUCUCCAGUGAUCAUAGGGAUCAGUGCAAAACCAGUUCAAGCAACCUUGGUUGCAAGGAACACUACAGUCAUUGAAGAGUUUUUUCCCUAAAACUGCUGUGCGCAGCUGCUGGACUUUUUUUUUCAGUAUUCCUAAUAUCCAUAGAGAGGAUAGGGAAGCCAGCCUUUACAUUCAGGUUAUAGGUCAGUAGUUUGUACCUUGUGAUUCUAGAAAACAUCAAAAUAUUUUGAUUUUCAAGAAAGUUAGGCUGAAAUGACUCCUUAUUUUUUCAUUAUAUAUCAUUUUUCCAUUUUUUAGCUCAUUCAUGUCUUUAAUGUCUUUAGGAGGUGGACCAAACUGGCAACAGAUGGAAGUGACAUUCAAGGCUGAUGAUGAGGAGCCUAAACGUGUUAUUUCUCUGUCUGAUUCAUCAGCAUCAGAGGAAAAAGACCCAGUGGAUCUAUUUGACUCACUUAAUAAUGAAGGUAAAAGGGAAACUUACAUAGUUACUUACUUCAGUUAACUAAUACGUUGUAUCAGAAUAAUUGUAGUAUAAAGAUUGAUCAGGGGGCAUUUAAAAAAAUUGUUAAUGGCCAUCAUUGAAAACACCACUGGAUAUUAGGGAGCUUAAGCAAAGGCGUUUUUAAGCGACGCACGUCAACUGGAAGUGAGGUCUUUUUCAUUUUAAAGCACCUUGAUGCUAACAAAUUUGUAUUUCUAAGUGUCUUUACUAGUGUCCAAGAAUUUGGGCAAAACCGCCGUCAAAAAUGAAAAAAAGACAACUUCUGGUUGACAUGCAUUGCUCAAAAAGGUCUUUGCUUAAGCUUACUGUUAUUAACUACUCCUCUAGGGUAUGGAGACAUUUAGAGAGUUACCUUUAGUAUAGGGUAGAAAAAUUCAGAUCAACUAGGUCUUAGUUCCCAGCUGCACAUCCCCACCCAAAAAUUUCCAAUGUUCUCUGUCACUCGUGACCUACACUGUACAUGUAUAUGCAAUUGGAGUUAAAAGCAGAAGACUGAGACAGGGAAUGCAGCUUAGGAAAAGCUAAGCAGGCUUUUUGAUCACUUAAGCUGUCUUUUCUCUCAACUGUACCUUCAAAACUACCCCAUGUUUUCUUUUUCCAGAAUGACUUGAGCCAAUGGUAACCCUUAUGGAAGGUGUUUUCUCGUUAUAAGAGCCACUAUCUGUGGCAAAAGCUUUUGCAGCAAUUCAACAGUGAUUCAAGUUGUUUAUGCUUAAGAAAGCUGUGAACUAUCAGAUGAACCAAAGCUACAAUCGCGUAACCCUUCACUUACUACUUGGCAGCAUUUUGAAGUCUGCAGCUGUACUGUAAAACGGCAGCCAAGAGCUUCAAUGGCUGCAACUUGAUUGAAGCUGCUGUUUGACUUUUAAAACGCUGAUAAACAGCCGUAAUUGAGCUGUACAGCCAUUUUCAAGCGUUUUUUGUGGUGCUGUACAGCGCUGCAAGUUUCGUAUGGGAAGGUCCUUUUCAGCUGGUGAAAUUAGCCGGCAGGCGGCUCUAAGGAACAUUCCUGCUGAAUUGGAUAUAUGUGGUAUCCACUUAGAAGGGUAUCAUGAACCAGUUUUUGCAUUUUCAACAGGUUUAUUCGGUAUAUUGUAGUCUUCUCUGUACACUCUUGAAACACUGACGACUCCAUGGGAGAGAGUAAAAAAAAAUGUGGUCACAUUUUUCUGCUCUGUCUUGAUGGUUCCUAGUUUAUUGCAGCUUGAUCAUUUAUAAAGCUAAAAAAUGUCCUUGUGGGAGUUAAUUAACACUAUGUAAUAAUCGCUAUUUUAACAUGUCCAAGCAGUACAAUCUAGCUUUGGGCGGAAUGGAAAACACCUGCUAGGGAAGAAUAAACCAGUCACAAUACCUGGUUUUAAGCAGUAAGAUUGGUAGCUUGGGAGACUUGGUAUCAAUAAUAAAUAAAUGUACUUUUUACUUACUAGAUCAUUAUCAGUCAGUAAUGACUGGAACAGGCAACUCUGCUUACAGCUCCAACUGUUUGAUUUUCUCAUAAUGCUCUGCACUUCUGGGUUACUCCAAACUCUAUCACAAGUGAAAACUCGUCUUGAGGGAAAACAAAAUCUGAGGUUGUUCAUAGACUAGAAUCUGGAUUUUUGGAGCUAAGAAAUACGCAAAGUGGGUGGUUUUAAGUCACAAAGCUAGGCCAAUUAAAGACUAAGAUAUUACCUUGUUGAAAAAUAUUGGAGUUUGUUAUUUAAGACAGCCAUUUUGCCAAAGAGGAUUGUUAAUAAUAUUAUAUUUCUGUUCUUUGUAGACUUGGAAAUUUUUUCCAGAAUUAGAGAUGUAAGUUAUUUUCUUGUUUGUGCUUUGCAUAUUAUUUCUUCUAGCUUUCAGUAUAUAAUUAUUUGUAUUAAUUCAACGUUAUUGAAAUAUAGAUUUAGCCAAGGCCAAAAGUGAAGCUCUCGAGGGAUCUUUUAAGAAAUGUCUUUCUCAAGAAAUUCAACUUUUGCCAUAAGCAGGAAGCUAAGGAAACUGAAUCGUCCAUUUUACAGUUGUGGACUUAGUACCCUAGCCUUCAAGUGAAUUUGAGGUUGAUGGUGACCUUGUUUUACUACAAACCUCCUUUGCUUGGGAUUUGUCAUGGAAAUUGCCCUUGAAAACUACUAGUUAGCAUAAGAAAAAAUUGAUUUACGUAAUAAAGCAGGAAGGUUUGUAUCAAAACAAGGUCAACUCCAGCCUUGCUUGCAUCCAUAACUAUAAAAUGGCCUAUUCCACCUCUGAAAAAAAGGACCUGAGCCCGUGAUCAAAUGAAAACCAAAAACUGGUCAGCAGACAACUUUAAAAAAUGUGUCACCUCAUCAAUGAGUUGUAUACCUGAGUCCAUGAUACAGUCAUGUGACACUGGUCAGCAGAUGCCCUUUUUGGACAGCUGUCAAUAUUGACCAUAACAAGGAUGUCCCAUACAAGGUAAACACAAAAAGUAUAUGCCUUGGACUCCUUGCUAGUAAAUGUGUCACUUCACAUCCUAUAACAUGCUGAGCUCCGCAAUCAAGCCUUAACGUCAAUUCAAACUCUUCAGUAAAGUUGAUUCUUGAUUUCAUCUUCUCUCCACUGACCCCUUAUGAAACAUUAAUGUGAUAGGUGAGGAGAUUAUUUUUAUGUUUAAAUUUUAUGUGUAAUUAAAGAGUUAACACAAGGCAUUCUAUUUUGUUUAGUUAUUAGAAAACAAGCCCAAGGGAUUGUGGUUAAAACGUAUUGGUGCUGAGUAUAAGAAANAGCAGACAACUUUAAAAAAUGUGUCACCUCAUCAAUGAGUUGUAUACCUGAGUCCAUGAUACAGUCAUGUGACACUGGUCAGCAGAUGCCCUUUUUGGACAGCUGUCAAUAUUGACCAUAACAAGGAUGUCCCAUACAAGGUAAACACAAAAAGUAUAUGCCUUGGACUCCUUGCUAGUAAAUGUGUCACUUCACAUCCUAUAACAUGCUGAGCUCCGCAAUCAAGCCUUAACGUCAAUUCAAACUCUUCAGUAAAGUUGAUUCUUGAUUUCAUCUUCUCUCCACUGACCCCUUAUGAAACAUUAAUGUGAUAGGUGAGGAGAUUAUUUUUAUGUUUAAAUUUUAUGUGUAAUUAAAGAGUUAACACAAGGCAUUCUAUUUUGUUUAGUUAUUAGAAAACAAGCCCAAGGGAUUGUGGUUAAAACGUAUUGGUGCUGAGUAUAAGAAAUUGUAUAAUCAAGAAAUAUCCAGUGAGAAGCUAGAGACACUGAGGAAAUUACCAACUAUAGCAAGAUGUGAAGAGUAAGUGAUACAACACGAACAUCUGUUGUGGGUAUCAUAUUAGUAACAAGACGCUGUGGGAGCGUACAGUUGAGCAUUGAUGUCCUAGGCAUAUUUGAAUUUUUUUAUGUGUGUUAGGGAUGUGUGAGUAGUGCAGUAGUUGUGUUUAUUUUUUGGGUUGGUUGAGAUGUGUGAAGUGGUAGGGGUGGGGCUAUAUUGGAUGUAGAUUGGUAAGAUAAUGGCUGUAGUUUGUUAAUCAUCAUGCAGUAAAACUGGUUUAGGUGUUGCAGUGAGGAAGUUGUGGGAGUGCUAAUUUGGUUUUGAAGGGAUAGUGUAGAUACCGUCUGUUGAAAUGAAGUGGUGGUUGUGAAAGAUCUCAUCAAUAGCCACAAACAUACCUGUACUUAUUUUAAACAUUGUUAGGCUUUCUGUUAAGGAUUGUGUUUCAUUUUUUUAUUGUUUAUAAAUUGUAUGGAGAUAACAUGGAUAAGGGAAAGUUCAUUUGAUGUAGAGAAGAGCAAUGUUAAAGAAGCAGGAGGGCUGACAUUCUGUGUGUGUCUUCGGGGGACAAACACCCUGCGGUUCUCCUGCCAAAUAUUUUUCCAUAGCUGAUCAUGAAUAAAUUACUGAUUGUAGCACAAAAUUGUAGGAAGACUAAGGUGUCAUUGGCUGAAAUUAUUCAUGAUGAAUCUCAGCCUUGUCUGAAUUAUCUGUAGCCAGUGCAGUAUUGUCUUUGUUGUUAACAGUUCUGUUAAUCAUUGGUAAUUCAAGUCAAUGUCUUUGUUUUUGUUCCAAUUUUCAGAUUUGCUGGGGGCAAUAUCAUAGUUUAUCCACCAAAACCGGUAAGUUCAAAAUCAUGUUAUUUUGGCACAUUUGUGUGAGUGUGUAUAUGACAUGCAUAGUCUUGGCAUUACUUUUGGAAUCAUGUUCAACUUACUGUUUUUCGGGUAUGGUUUGUGAGCAUCAUUGUAAAGUGAUUUAUUGGUGCCGAAACCUAAGUAAGUAGCUUGGCUAUUUUCUUUAGCAGGACGAAAAGCCACCCAUCAACCAUGUUAACAUGUCAAAUGGAGGUAAGAAAUUUUUCAUUUUAUAAAAUAAUACAUCAAACCGGUCAUUGUUCUCCACUUCAAUAAUAGGGAGUUUAAGAUAUGGCGACUACGGACUACGACUACGGAUAAACAUGCUACUGCGCAUGAUCAAAACCACGUGACUGUUCGUUUUCUCCGCGUAGUCCUGCGGCUACGGUGAGUUGUUGAGCUGUUUCGCGUAGUCGGGACUACAGAGAACAUUUUGCUGGUAUUUUGCCGUCUCGGUAAUUCAGACGUCUCGUCUUUUCGUUAAAAAAGUUUUCAAUUCACCUGGUUUAAGUGAGAGGGAAGUGAAAUAUGUAAGUUGUGUCCAAUUUCUGCUCAAAUUUCUGCUUUUAAUCCACUGUUGUGACCUCAUUUUCAUUUUUGAAUAAGCUUAGCUGUUUAUACGCAGAAUUCCGAUUGACGGCCAAGGAGAAGAGAAAUCAUGCAGGUAAUUUACUUUCUCUUCGCACUUGAAAAGUUUCAAUGUUUGUUCGAACUGAUUAUUGUGUCUUUCUACUUGUGUAACCUUUGUUUAUGCGAGUUUUUGUAUCGCAUUUGCUGAAUGAAAAUGAUGUAAACAUCUUCGAGACAAUCGAAACUCGGCAUUUCAAUACUUCAAAUUAAAUCAGAUCAGUAGUCGGAGAAGUCCAUCUUCUAAAUCUAAUAAAUGAGCUAUUACUAUUUCUUUAAUAUUUGACUCAAAAAUUAUGGGCAAAAAAAUAAAACCUGUGUAACCAAAACUUUGUUUACCAAUUUCACCCGACGUAAUUGCUUCCUUCAAGUAUGGAAGAAUUUGUUCAUCGUUCUAAAGAUAAGAUCACAUGCAAAACUGACUUGCAUUUUUGUGAACUGUGAUGAAAACAAGAAAAUCUUUGCGUGUUGUUUCCCUCUCCGCCUCUUCUCUCAUAGUCUACUGUCUGUAGUGCAAUCUCCUUACGUUCUAUAUUUGCACGACUCAACCCAGUGCUACGAACAAAGGACAACGCUCGUCCAGCCGUAGUUCGUAGUCCGUAGUCUCCGUAUCUUAAACUCCCUAAUAUUUUCUUUUGAAAGACUCAAUAUUGAAAUCUAGCUAGGACCAAUAAACCACCACACUUCUCCAUCACAGAGAGGUUAGCUGUGUAAAUUUUUUGAUAUAAUCCAUUACAGAUAUGAUUACAUUUAAACCAAAGUUGUAACCUUUGUGUUAUUUGUCCAGUUCCUUCCAGGCCUGUUGAACUUUAUACCCUUCGUCCACAGGAUUUGCCAGCAAUGGGGUAAAUGUCACAGUUUUAAUUGGCUGAAACCUUCUAUAUGGUGUCACCUAAAAUAUCUGCCAGGUUUAUUAUUUGGAGAGGUGGUUGCCCGUUGAGAGCAUCAUUGACAAAAAGGAAUUGCCCACAAUAAAGUAUUUUUAUGAAACACUAAAUAACUGGUCCCGAGGAGAAAGGUUAAUUUUGUUUCCUGAGAAUCUCAAGAUUUCCCAAGGCAGAGCCGAAGGAAACAUUGAGAUUUAAGGGGAACGAAAUUAACUGUUUCCCAAGGGACUAAUCUUCAAUUUGUUACAUAGCGGGAAAUUUUGAAGCUUGAAAUUCAUUAAACCUCGCUGUAAUGGCGGUUGUCAGUCAACAUUCGUGGGUUGCAGUACACUGUUACCCUCUGACAUCAUAGAUUUUGCGAUGUUGUCCGCUCAGACAUUUUGUCAGGAAGCAGUUUCAUUGUUACGUGUCUUGUGACCUGGAAGUAACAAAUGAGAGCUCGUGUAGGAAAAAAUUUUCCAGCUAAUAACAAUUUCCAUUGUUUACUGACUUAGAUAUUAAAACAUUUAUGCUUAGAACUUUGCAUCAAGGUCACUUGCCUCUGGCUUGUGCUUGCAUCUGAGGUUUGAAUAGUUUAUGACAUCCUUUGACUUACCAUAAAGACCGUAACCUCUAGCUAUGAGAAUUGCUAAGGCAUUAUUACCAAACACAGACCACCAAAUUGGCGACUUGAAGUGCAAUUUCUGGUGCCACUUUUUUUCUCUUCUCACCAUGGUGACCAAAACAGUUUCAGAUAUCAUGAUGUGUGAGCAUAGACCAGGUAAAUUAAUUCUCCAUGCAUGCAAGCUUUUCAUAUAUCUGUGGACAAAACUGUGAUAUAGCUGUUAAUGUCAAUGCCAUACCAUUUUUAUGAUUUUUUUUGUUUGUUUAUUUAUUACUUUAUCUUUUAAUUAAUCUAUUCAUUUAAAUUGCAGAACUGUAUCAGAAGUGACAGUGAUCCAUGUGGAUAGUCCAUCCCACUUCUUUGUUCAACAUAACCAGCAAUGGGAAGACAUAGAGGACCUAAGUACCAAGCUCAAUAAAUUUUUCCAGGUAAACUGUUUCAUAGAUAAUAUAUUUUUGGACCUUCUGAGCAUACAUGUAGAUAGAACUCUAGUACCAGAUGUGUGAAAGGUUGAAACAAAUAAUUAUUGCAAUAAAUGUAAGAAUAAUUUAUUAGUAAUAUCAGAUUGCCAUUAGCCCAUAGCAAAUUAUAGGGUUUGAGCUUGGAGAUAACCUCUCACUCCCUCUAUAAGAUAUAUGCAUUAUUGACGAACCAUUAGGUCAAGAUGGUAGGAUAAUGACUUAGUUAUGUUUUUUCUUUUUUUAGUCCAAGACCACAUGGAUCAAUAAUACCACAAAAAAGAAUGAGGCCGAUAUCCUGCCAUCUUGACCAAACAAGCGUGGUCAAUAAUGCAUUUAUUAUUAUGGUCAAAAAUAACUACUACUAAUCAAAACACUGGAUUUGCUUUGUCUUGCCUGUUCCCAGAUUCAGCUGUAUAAUAAGACAGGUCAUUGACAAUACCGCCAAUGAGAAAUUAAACCAAAACUACUAUCACAUCAAAGGCUUCCUGUGUUUUCACAUGGCUAUCCUACUUUGUUUACUGGUCUUUGUGAUAUCAUGAUCAGUGUCUGUGUUUUUUUUUUCAGGAUCAGUCUAGUGCAAGUGAUACCUUGCCCUCUGUGGAGAAAGAUAUGUUUUGCUGUGCUCAAUUUACAGAAGAUGAUGGCUGGUAUCGUGCCAGAAUUGUUGAGAGCCCCAGUGGAGGAGACACACCAAAAGUUCAUGUAAUAUAUGUUGACUUUGGUAAUCAUGAGACUCUUCCUGUAUCAAGGCUUAGAAUGCUAAGGAAAGAACAUGCGGAGUUACCUAUGAUGUCAGUAUUGUGUGCACUUGAAGGAGUUACACCACCUAAUGGGGUGAGAUACAGGCUCUUAAUGUACACUUGA